AUGCUGAGAACAAUUCCGAUUUGGGCGCUGCUCAUUUGUAGUGUGGUUAUCGUUUCGGAUGCCAAACCGAUAUUCAUUAAGGUUUUUGCACCGAUUGGUGGUACUUCUAGUGCUAUCUCCAGUGGAACAGUUCGAUCCACAGCAACGUCAUCACCGAUUAAUUCUCAGUUAAUCUCCAAUCUGAUAUCACAGAAGUUUCAAUUACUGAAUAGUUUGCUGCAGGUCAAAUCAUCCUUUGGCAUCCGGAAAGAGAUCUCAUUUUUGGGUUCGACGACGACGACGACGACGUCGACCACGGAUAGGCCAGUGACGCAGCACACCACUGAGGUAAACACAGAUUUUAUACCGGAAGUUAGCUCCAGCACUCAAUCUGUGUACACAACAACAACAGACGGAGACAUUGCGACGCCGAAGCCUACAGUACAUCCCCUCAAGCCGAUUACAACGUCUACGCCAGUGAUUCCCACGAAGAGCACCACAGAGAGCACACUGGACUCAACAACAACGAGAACCACCAGUGGAUAUACGUAUCAGCCACCUAUAACCACCACUCAGGGAUAUACGUAUCAGCCACCUAUAACCACCACUCAGGGAUAUACGUAUCAGCCACCUAUAACCACCACUCAGGGAUAUACGUAUCAGCCACCCCUACCCACAGCGACACCUACCACCAACGGAUACACGUAUCGGACUCCAACACCUGCAACCUCUUACUUGCCAGCUUCUCAAUCAUAAAUAUGACACUAUAUAUUUGAAUUCUACAGACUCGCACCUGUGUAGGUAUAUAAAUUAAGUAAACUUAUCGAAUGUUAUCAAAUGUUUAAUU